CAACGACAGAUAUGAUCUCUGAGAUUCCUGAGCUAGAGAUCAUUUUUCAUAUGAAUACAAUCUUAAAAAAUAGUUUUUAUGUAAAGGAAUAACAGAAUCUGAAGUUUAGAUAAGGAAUCUUAUUUUUUUUCCAGGGUUUGUCCCAGCCCUAUUAGAUGGCUCAGACAUAAUAUUAGAAGAUAUCAAUAUAUGCGAUUACUUGGAAGAAAAAUUCCCCGAAAAUUCUCUGUAUCCUUCUGAUCCAGAGAUAAAAAAAACGAGAUAAGGAACUCAUCCAAAAAUCAACACCACUCACGUUUACUUUCCUCAAAUGCUGUCUUCACAUGGAACAAAAAACUCUGGAACAAUGGGCUCGAGUUUUCGUUGAGAUGUUACAGGAAUUCGAGAAUGAACUUGCUGAAAGAAAUACUGCAUAUUUUAAUGGGGACACACCUGGCAUGUUGGACUAUCUACUCUGGCCUUGGGCGGAGCGAGCAGGUGUAAUAAAACUUAUGCGGGGAAAAUUACCCCUAAAAGACACAGAUAUACCUUUGUUGAGAAAAUGGCGCAAAGUAAUGCAAGGAUAUCCAAGUUGUGCAGAAUUAAUAUCGCCUAUAAAAAUGCACUUGAAAGAGUAUCGGGGUAAACAAACGGGCCUACUUUACUUUAUGAAACAUAAUUAAGUACUUAUGUUUCAAGCAUUUGUAGG